GUUCUGUCAGACAUGCAACUGUACUAAUAUUUUGAACGAGAAGUGUUGAAUCUGAACAGCAACGAGCGGCUCCAAUCACUUUGAUUCACCAUUGCUGCUUAUUAAAAAAAACUUCAGCCUGUGUAGACAGAGACGGAUUUCACGGUUUCCAGCGCCACCGUGCUGUAGAUUCCUUCGCUCGCUCGCAGUUGUUCGUCGUCGAGAAUUGCCCAAGAAAAUCUGCUCCUGCAACACUGACAACGAUGCAGCGAGCAGCCCGAUUGAAGCAUGAGCUGCGGAUGCUGGCCAGUGACCCACCGCAUGGCGUAACCUGCUGGCUGGUGGAAGAUAGUAAUUGUGAGCUCGAGGCACAGAUCCUGGGCCAGGAGGGAACGCCGUACCACCGCGGUGUCUUCAAACUGCUCAUUCACCUGCCCGAGCGCUAUCCGUUUGAGGCGCCCAAGGUGCGUUUUUCCACACCAAUCUACCACCCGAACAUUGACAACGGUGGUCGUAUCUGCCUGGACAUCCUCAAGCCACCGCCAUCGGGAAGCUGGAGACCCAGUAUGAACAUUGCCUCUGUCCUCACGUCCAUUCUGCUUCUGAUGGCAGAGGCGAACCCUGACGACCCUCUCAUGGUGGAUAUCUCUACCGAGUUCAAGCAAAACCGCACGCAAUUCACGCGUACUGCCUGCGCAUGGACGGUGAAGUUUGCCUCCGGGGAGAAUGUCGGCGCUUCGAGUAUGUGUCACGCUGAUUCUCGCAGUGCAGCUGAGCUGCCCCGGGCGGUGAGUACCCCGCUUAGUGACACUGCUAGCCGCACGCGCUCUGACGAGCUUGCGGACGCCAUGAAAACCGCCGCCAUGCCGUCGGGAGCGACGCGAGGCGGCAGUUUGCUGAAGCGCCGCCAGCCAAUCGCCGCCGCCGCCCCUUCAGCUGCUUCCGCGGUGGCAUGCGACACGCGGCAACCUGCCAGUGGCAAGCCUGAUGCAAUCUCACUUACAAAAGACCGACCUAGUGCCGAAGCGCUGAGAUCGGAAUCGCACCCGCUACCGCAUUCAACAGCUGGCCACCUGGCCAUGUCGCUCAAGCCCAGUGUUCCACCCGUAAGUUCACAUGCUGCUGCUUCAUGGCCAAGCAAUGCGGAUUACCGGCAUACAGGGGAACAGCGAGACAUGGCAUCUCCCGCCACAACGACACAACACAAUCCCGCGACUCUGGUGUCUAGGGCACAGCAAGCGGACGCGGUCGAUUGCGUCGUUAUCGACGAUUCGGACGACACCGACUACGUUUCCGACAACGAGCCCGCCACCUAUAUGAGUGACGUGAUGGCGUACACCCGCCGGGGCAUCCGUCCGGCAGGAGCCAUGAAGCGUUUCGCCAGCGAUGGGGACGACGACGACGACGAAUGCAGCGCAAAGCGAGUGUGCUACCCGCCGGACACUGACUACCGAUCUGAUGAGGACAUCCUUUGAGUAAUGACUUUAGGAGUGUCUUAUUUCCCCGAUUGUAAGGCGCACCCCGUGUCCAGGUCCAUGUCAUAAUUAUCGCAAUCAAGAGUACUAACUUUGCGGCUAGUUUAGUACUCUUGAUUGCCAUAUUAAAGUUGUUUCCAUGUCAUAUCGUUUCGAUAUAUUCACUUCAGUAGUGAUCAUGCUCGACUGUGAGUUGGCCCUGAAGUUAAGGGUAGAAAAGAUGCGACUUAUAUUCCGGGGAAAUACAGUACUGACAAACCUGCCUUUUUCGAAGAACUGUGCCGACGCCAGCAGCUGCCAUUGACGUUCCAAAGGUGCACUUUAAGACUGCGCUGUGUAUGACCGAUGUCGUACAUACGCGUGCAUUGCAGAUAUGUACAUGGCCCUCGACGACGCUGGAGAUAAGUUUUUGUUGUUGUUGCUGCUACUGCUGCUGCUGCAGUUUGAAGUCUUUUAUUCUCACGAUAGCCAGUGGCCAAUAAGAGAAAGUUGUUUUUGUUGUUGUUGCUACUGCUGCUGCUGCAGUUUGAAGUCUUUUAUUCUCACGAUAGCCAGUGGCCAAUAAGAGAAAGCUGUUGUUGUUGUUAUGUUUUUGUUUCGUUUAGCCGAAGUACUCUGUUUAUGAGUUUGAGGUUCACUUGAUGUGUGUACACCGUGGCGUAGAUAUGAGGCGAUCAUUUAUCUUUAGGAACACAUAAUGGAUACCAGUAGAUGUACAUAAUAUAGUACUAGUAGCCAGGGAGUAGUAAAAUACCGGUUUUUUACUACUCCGGGUAGUAGUUGUAGUUCCUGCUGUCACUCUGCUACAUCUGUAGCAUUGCAAGUCUGGUUUUUUAUUGGAUCUGAUUUACUUUUGAUCUCAUAAGCUUGCUUUAAUAGUGGGUUCUUUUCUCUUCAUGUGUGCUGUUCUCCCUUCCAAAUAACCACCACGCACAUUGCUCACUCUGAUACUCAGAUUGGCCUCCGUA